AUGGUAAACUCACGUUAUGGUAACCGUUACAAUCGGACUUCGAUGACACGAAAUCGAUCAGGCAGAUACUCUAGGGAGUUUAAACACGUUCCCACCCAUCAACAAUCUGCUGUGCUUUAUGGCGCCGGUAUGACAAGGCAUAUCGAUUUAAAAUCGGACAACGAAGAUCAAAGAGUUGCUGUUGUGGGGACUAUGCAAGCACUCGAAAAACCAUAUUUUCGUAUAUCUAAAACUCCUGCUCCUUGGGAAGUUAGACCACCUGAAGUGCUUCAACUUUCACUCCAACAUAUUCUCAAACUCUGGAUGAAUGGAGAACGGAAGUACGCCUGGAUUAAGGAUCAAUUCAAGAGCAUGCGACAGGACCUAAUGAUUCAACGGGAUUGUUCAGAGUUAGCUAUCAAGAUCUACGAGUCAAACGCCAAAGUUGCGAUUGACGCUCAUGACCCUUUGGAGUUCAAUCAGUGUCAAUCCCAACUCUCUGCUCUCUAUUUCUCCGGUACUUCUUGGCCUCACAGACUAGAAUUCACAGCCUAUCGAAUCCUAUACUAUAUCUUCGUAGAAGACAUUCAAGGCUUGAACCUUCUAUUCAUGCGCCUGAAACCCUCUGAGAAAAAGAAUGUCUUCAUUCAAUUCGCCUUAAAGGCUUAUAACGCAUGGAGCCAGCACAAUUACAAACGAUUUAUUGAUCUUACUAAUCACGCUGAGUUUGACGGAGGGGAGAAGUGUAAAGGCCUCCUCUCGUGGUCUCUUCCUCGUGAACGCCAACACGCAGUCAAAGCUAUCUUUAAGAGCUACAGACAAACAGUGAGUCUGGACUUCAUUGCCAAAACUCUGGGAUUCGCAGACACACCAUCCUGUACAAAUUUCUUUGCCGAUACAAUGAAAGUCAGCUUAGAUCUGUUGAAACCUUCCGAUAACAUUAGCUGUAAGGACGUUUGGUCAAAAAUUAAUCAAGCCCAAGUUACUACCUAA